GCUGGCUCGCUGGUCCGCGCGCUCCGUCGCCCGCCAGUCUGCCCGGCGCGCGCUCGGCGGCGGCCCGACGACGCAGCAGCAGGAGCAGCAAGAGGAGGAGCAGCAGCAGCACUAGGCGGACGAGAGUCCUCGCGCUCGCGCUCGGCUCCCCGGGCCACGGAAGGAGGUUGUAGCCGGCGAGGGUGCAGCCCCAGGAGUGGCGGCGGGAAAAAUGAAGAACGAAAUUGCUGCUGUUGUCUUCUUCUUCACAAGGCUGGUUCGAAAACAUGAUAAGUUGAAAAAAGAAGCCGUUGAGAGAUUUGCUGAGAAACUGACUCAAAUACUUCAAGAAAAAUAUAAAAACCACUGGUACCCAGAAAAACCAUCAAAAGGACAGGCCUACAGAUGUAUUCGUGUGAAUAAGUUUCAGAGAGUUGAUCCCGAUGUCCUGAAAGCCUGUGAGAACAGCUGCAUUUUGUAUAGUGACCUAGGCUUGCCAAAAGAACUUACACUCUGGGUGGAUCCGUGUGAGGUGUGCUGUCGGUAUGGAGAGAAAAACAAUGCAUUCAUCGUUGCCAGCUUUGAAAAUGAGGAUGAAAACAAGGAUGAGAUUUCCAAGAAAGUUAGCAGGGCUCUUGAUAAGGUGACCUCUGAUUACCACUCAGGAUCAUCUUCUUCAGAUGAAGAAACAAGCAAAGAAGUGGAAGUGAAACCAAGUUCAGUGACUGCAACACCAAGCCCGGUGUACCAGAUUUCAGAACUGAUAUUUCCACCUCUUCCAGUGUGGCAUCCAUUGCCCAGAAAAAAGCCAGGAAUGUACCGAGGGAAUGGCCAUCAAAGUCACUAUCCUCCUCCUGUUCCAUUUGGUUAUCCAAAUCCAGGAAGGAAGAAUAAACCAUACCGUCCAAUUCCAGUGACAUGGGUACCUCCUCCCGGAAUGCAUUGUGACCGAAAUCACUGGAUUAAUCCUCACAUGUUAGCGCCUCACUAGCUCCUUUUGAUUUUGUUUGUCAUGUUGAUAGAAAGGAAGAAUAGACCUUACUAUAUAUACUAAAAGUUCCUACUUGUAGUGAAGUUAGAUGGGCCAAACCAUCAAACUUAUUUUUAUAGAAAAGUUAUUGAGAAUAAUCUUUCUUAAAAAAGUAUAUAUAUAUAUAUAUAUGCACUUUAGAUAUAUUGAAAUAGUUUGAGAAACUUUAUUAAAGUUAGUCAAGUGCCUGAGUUUUUAACAUUGGACUUAAGUAUUUAUAUAUUGUGCAUUGACUCUGUUGGAUACAGAAACACUGUAGGAGUGGGCGAUGUGUUCUAGCACCUUUGAGCAUUGACUUUAUGGAGAGUAAGUUAUUUAUACACAAGGAAAUCUAUUUUAUGUCAUUAUUUAGAAAAAUUGCGUGAAAUCAUGUAGUUGCAAAUAAAAAGUAGUCUGAGGCA